AUGUCCGUCACAACCUAUACUCUCCCUCCUCUCCCCUACGCCUACAAUGCCCUGGAACCCAGCAUCUCGGCUCAGAUCAUGGAGCUCCACCACUCCAAGCACCACAACACGUACGUGACGAACCUCAACAACGCCCUGAAGUCCUACUCAAGCGCCAUCGCUUCGUCCGACAUCCCGGCCCAGAUCGCUCUCCAGUCGGCCAUCAAGUUCAACGGCGGAGGACACAUCAACCACUCCCUAUUCUGGGAGAACUUGUCCCCCGCCUCAUCCUCGGACGCCGACCCCGACACCUCAGCCCCAACUCUCAAGGCCGAGAUCACGAAGGUUUGGGGUGGACUCGACCAGUUCCAGGCCUCCUUCAACAAGGCCCUCCUAGGUAUCCAGGGGAGCGGAUGGGGCUGGCUCGUCAAGGACGCCCAGGGCCUGCGUAUCGUCACGACAAAGGACCAGGACCCCGUCGUUGGCGGCGAGGUCCCCAUCUUUGGUGUUGACAUGUGGGAGCAUGCUUACUACCUUCAGUACCUAAACGGCAAGGCUGCCUACAUCGAUAACAUCUGGAAGGUCAUCAACUGGAAGACGGCCGAGGCACGUUUCAAGGGAUCCGCAGACGAUGCCUUUAAGAUUCUCAAGGCUGCUCUGUAA